GGUCACUCAUUAGGUAUACCAAACAGUGUCUACUCCUAUGAAGUUUUAUAACAAACAAUGUACAACAAAAACUAUUAAUAGUACAAGGCUUUUUGUCACUUUGUCGUUUUUAUCCAUGUGCAUGUUUGAUAUGAUACUUCUUACAUGUACAUAAGUCUGCCCCUUGCAAACUUACACAUGUCCAGGUUUUUAAUCCGAUAUACACACAACACGUCUUCCAAAUCUUCAGGUCGUACACUAAAUCGAGUGUGUUGAUCUGACGCUGCGUUGAUUCCGAGACCUGAUCAUUACACCACAGCCAGAUCAGUCAAUAAUUGACGGUAGACUGAUGAGUUGGUUCUGUUGAGAUUGAAGAUGCCGCCCAAACCAGCACCUCCAAAACCAGUGCCGCCCAGACCAGCACGUAAACAGAGAGCACCUCCCCCGGACAGGGACGUUAACAAACUCAAUACUCAUAUUAAGGUUCGGUACACGGACACGCUUGCAGAGCCCAAUGGGACACAUAGUCUUGGAUGUAUAUGGGACUUUGCUUCUAUCGCUUACGCCUGUUGUCGUGAUCUACACUACUGUCUCCUAAGUACAUUCCUAGGGGUGUGGAUCGCGGGACUCUGGGGCUGCCAGUUCGGAUGUGUUGCUUUCGAACAUGUGUGGUUCAUUUCACCAUUUAUGAAAAUCAUCAAAAUCACAUGUAAAGAAGCUUUUCAAAAGUGUUGUCACAUGACGUGUAGGUGCUGCAUCUAUCCGUGGACUCGCGCGUGCUCCUACUUUUGUGUUGCUUUUAAAUCUGACGAUGUUGAUUAUGACGCGAUAGACAACCCACCUGUGUAUCAGCGAGUAAAACAGGUCCGGAUCAUACAGGACGAGCCCGUGGAGGUGGUUGUUGUACCUGGAGUCAAAACUGACAAUGAACAAUUAACAAACAUGUUUCUGGGAGACAAAGAAAAGAUGCGGAGGUCUGUUAACAGACAGCUCAUGCUAUAGUAAUCGGGGUUUAUUUGGGGGUUGGGGUAGCUAGAGACGUAUAUACUAUAUGUCUCUGGGGUAGCUGCGAUCACGUAGCUUUCUGACGACAAGAUUUUUUUUAUAUAUUGCGUCCUACCGGGUAUUAAUAUUAGUACUAGGGUUGAGGUUGCAGGGUUAGUGUAUCUUACACGCCCUUAGUCUCAUCGACUCGACUUCAGCUUUCAAAUGUGUUUUAAUUACAAACAGCGAUAUGUGUGGAAUCCCAGUUCACUCUUUCUGUCAUGUACUUUAAUUUGCUGUAUAUCGAUUUGUGAAUUCCGUCCUACAUUUGGAGUGGUUCGUUGAUGGUGCAGAAAGGUUGACAGUUAACAUGGAUCAUAAGUGCUUUAAACAAUCGUUUAGACCCAUUAUUUAUUCAUUCAUUUAUUUGUUUAUUUAUUCAUAUUUUUCAUCAAACGUUAUAUCAACGUUGACGCAAUGUUAGUACAGUGGUGUAAAAUGUUGAGCAAGCGUUGGUCUGAAAUAACCUCUAAACGUUUGCCCAACGGUCACAUACCCGGUAUACUGUCUGAUGUUGUCUAAUCAACUUUCUACAUGUAAUACAUGCAUAGCAAGUACGGAAUGUAGGGGCAUGUAACUCCUUGAUGAAUAAACGACCUCGGAAUAAAUAAAUUAUCAGAUUUAUAGUUUUGUCAUUUCAUUUCGUUGUUGUCAUCGGUGUCUUUCUAUGAUGUUCCAAGUUAAUUUUAUC